AUGUCGCGCUCGCCAAGUUCCUCGCACCUCCCCAUUCCCUCGCGUCGAGCCACGGUGGACAGCUUGCAACCGGAGGGGGAUCAUAUUUUAGCUGCAAAUUUAGACGCCCUGUCCAGCGCCGGGGUGUCGGCCUGGGGGAGGCAACAAUCUGGUGUGUCUAACACAGGGCUGCGCGACCUCAGUUUGGACAGGAGCUUUCCCAGCUGCGCAGUCCCCUUCAUGCACCAGCCGGGAGUGAAGACACCCUCGCCACUGCUGCAGCCGCAGCAAGAAACUGGUACUACGGGACGACAGGACGAAGGCAACAGCCUCCUGCUAAACGCGCCUAUAAUUAUGCAGCCCCCACCCGCGAAGAGGCAGCGGACGGACCGGCGGAGCAUGCAGCAGGUGGAGGAAGAGGUCGAGAGCGGACCGCUGGG